GUUUUCGAAUCCGACGUCACCUACUCUCAAAGCCCGUGUGUUUUGUGUUUCUUUGGGGCCACGAUGAUUAUCGCUAAUUUAACGUUGAAAUUAUUGAAAUUGAAAUUAGAUCUGUUUCUAUCGUAAAAACAUCUAAGACGGAAAAGUAACAAGAUUUUUGCUUAACUAUUAAAAAAAAAAGGAAAGGAAACAACUGUAACGUAAUAUAAAAGUGAAAGAAAUUUAGUCUACAAAUUUAUAUCGUCACGGAAUCUUGAACAAAAUGGGCAUUCAAGAUUUACAAGUCUUUUUGGAUGGCAAUUUUGUACAAGGAGGAUCUGUACCUGUGGAUCUGUUGAAAAUUGCACGUACAGUUAUUCAAAGACAACACAAUCGUAUCGGUAAAACACAGCAAUUACAGUCAGGAAAAUUAAGGCUAGUCCUCGAUGGAGAGUGUUGUCUAGACAGAUUAUAUGGAGGAUAUUUCUCAGACUGGGCAUGCGGAGGACAGUGGAACAGAAUGCUACAGUUUUUAGUAGUCCUUAUUCAUGCAACCGAAGCGUCAAGGUUGGAGUUAGCUGUAUUCUUCAAUGGUUGUUUCGAAUCUCCUAGACGAGCAGACUGGAUUCAGAACCAAUUGCAAGUGCGAAUUAAAGUAAAUAAUGUACUAAAACACAUUUCAACAAAGGGCACACCGCCGCCAAAAAUUUGGUGGACUCCGCCUGUGUGCUUGAGAACUAGUCUACGUAUGGCAUUAAGACAUCUGAACGUUACAGUUUUAUGUAGCAUGGAUGACCAUCAUCAAGAAGUGAUCGCUUAUUGCCGUGAGAACAAUUUUAAUGGCUUGAUAGCCGACGAUGCAGAGUACGCCGCGUUUGACCCACCGAGAUACUUCUCGUCCGAACAGUUAAAGCUUACGUACAAGGGCUCUCUGGAUACGAAGGAGUAUAUUCUCCCCGAUGUUCUGAAAUCGUUGAACAUACCAUCCGACAGGCUGUGUCUUCUAGCCGCGUUACUUGGAAAUUACAUUUUAACCGAAACCGACCUGGCUGAUUUUUACAAGAAACUGAACGUCAACGCUAGUUUUAACAAAGUCAACGUGGAGCAUACGAUUAAAACGAUCGCCAAUUACGUUCGGGACCUUCCAUCCGUCGAACCCGACGUGGUCGCGCAAAAAGUUUUCGGCUCCUUGUCGGAUCCGAGGUGUUCGAAACUGAGGCAGUCGGUUCAGUACUACAUAAAUGGAACUAAAGAGGGAUUCUUGCAUUACAAACCGGUGAAACCGAACAGAGACGUUGUUUUAGUACACAAAAUAGAUUCGAAGCAGAACGUGCAACAGCAGUCAAAUUUAUCAGAAACACCGUCGACCUCGGAGGUGGAUUCAAAUUUGGAAACGUCGAGAUUCGCUUCUGAAACGGUGGAAAGCGAACGGGAGAGUUUAAACGCGUACAAACAGGCAACAGCGAACGCAAAGUCCGCCCCUCAAAUUGUGAUAGAUCCGCCGGGUCUUCAGGGUCACGGAGACGCCGACAAUAUUAGAAGCGAAGACGAGCAAAGUAACGGACACGCAAUUAACGGUACACACAAUCUUCUAAUUAGUUCGUCAAGUUCGAGUAGCAGCUCGUCCGCCACGUCUCCGUCCCAUGCGACGGCCGAUUCGGGGAAACAAGGGGAAAAGAUAACCAAUAUUCCUACCACGGUGCCGGAAGUAAUGCGCACCGCGUCUGAACGACAUCAGAAAGGAUUGAUGUCACCGCAUAUUUAUCAAAUUCUCAUCGCUGGCGAGAUUAAAUUGCCUGUCCUACUCGAGGACGAAAAUCACCGUGAAUUCCCAUCUAUUCAUCUUAUUUAUAGACCUGUGAGACAGAUGGUAUACGCGAUAUUAUUUAAUCUACAUCACCGAAUGUAUUUAGCUGCUAAGAGUAAAGAGAAAGGAGAUAGUGAAAAAAUAGAAGUCCCAGAUGUUGUGAUAAAGGAGUGGGUAUGGUCCAAGUCAAAUCCUUACCAAACUCCUGAAUUAGUUAAGGCGGAACAAAUUGGCUGGGGUGUUCCUACGAUUCAGCGUUUGUGGUUUGGGACAGGUAUAGACGACAAACGCCGUCGGUUGCGAGGAUUCUUGACCUGUAUGAGGUCGGAUACGCCUCUUAUGUUAAAUACUUCUUACGUACCGCAACACCUUUUAGUCAUGGCAUGUGUACUAAGAUAUAUUAUGUCGUUUUCCGAUAAAAUAAAGAUUCUACGUCGUCAGGAGUUAGAUGCUUUCAUUGCACAAGCAUUUUCCCCCGAGCUUAUGAACGCUCAGUAUUUACAAGAUCUCCAGCUUCCUUUAGUGACAUCGCGCGGAGUACAAUUAGCUACAUUGUUUAUGACCGGCGUCGAGACCGCUCUUUUAGCCAACGACGCCUGCGGCGCGCCUAUCCCGUGGCUAAUGUGCUGCCCGUGGUUAUAUUUCGACGGGAAACUGUUUCACCAUACGUUAGCUCGCACUAUGAUCGCGAAAAAUUUACUGGAACUUUGCAGUGGUUACAUCGAUCGUGUCGUGAAAGUCGAACGAAUGAGGAAAGCUGUACUGGAGGGUAUUAAUGUUAUUUAUGCGCGUACACCGUUACCCGUCUCGAGAGCUAUUCCUGUAUCGGUGCCGCAGAACAUUUUAAGCGGAACGAUGCCCCAACGCGGCUUGAUGCGUCGCCCUAUACCGUCCCGGGGUGGACAGUUAGAAAUCGCCGGAGUGGUGGUGGGACAAUGGGGCCCAAACUACGGCCAACCUGGCCGCCUACCUCAGCCCCUGCACGGACAUAAUCGUGGACGGAUUCCGCCACAGGUAACGUCGAUCGGCGGUCUCAAGUAUGGUCUGCCGCGAGGCUUUAACCCAAUGGGUCGACCCACGUUUCAAACCCGUGGUACUAACCGUACGCAACUGGCAGGACGUGGGAAAAAGACGCAGAUGAAGGCAACUGGUAAAAAGAAGGCUACUGUUAAAAAGAACAAAGAAAAUGAAAAGAAAGAAAAUAGAGGACGUGGUAAUAACAUCGAUGGAAUAACUGAUUAUAACGAUACGAUUCCAAACAUGAAUGCAACAAAAGAUGCACUGCCAGUACCAGGUCAAUUUGAGGACGCCGUUGAGAAUAGCAAAGGGAUAGAAAAGGGGCAGGGUGAUGCGUCGCUGGUCGUUCCAGUCGUCGCUGAAAAUUAGGUAUUUAUACGUCACCUUUUUAUUGACUUUUAAACCUCCCGGAUGUGACUCAAGACUGCAAUUAAAAUCUUAGAACGUGUAACGAGUAAUCAUGCGGCAAUUACAUUUGAAGGUUUAUACACGUUAGAAUUUUCACCAUAGUACUAUUGUUUUUAUAUAUACAAAUAAGGGAUAAUAUUUAAGAUCAUUUAUGACAUUCUUUUCACAGUUCAGUUCCUUUUAUUUUUCCUCCCUCUUCUUUAAUUCAAUCACAUUAGAUUUAACAAUUUAGGAAAGAACCUUCAAAUGUUACGCGCAGAAGGACUCAACAAUGUCUAAAGCUCUGAUGGGGCCAAAACUAAUUAAACUAAUAUAGGAGACAAAAGCAUCGGUUAACGCGAUGUCAAGAUAUGUAACACAAGGAUAGACCCAUUUCCGACGUACACGAUACGAUGUCCUCACUGCCAAACGUACCAUUCAGUGUGUAAGAUAAGAGCGAAAAUGAAAAAAAAAAAAAAAGAAUUGUGCUUGUGUUAACACGAGCGUGUUUGAACUACUCCGCUCGGAAUCACCAUAAGGAUGAACUCGACUGAUUAGUGUAUGCGUGCGCUAAUUUUACUAAAAAAAAAAACGGAAAAAAAGAAAAAAAAACGGAAAAAGAAAAAACAAAAUACGAGAGAGCAAAGUCGUCAGCUGUUAUAAGUAUUUAAUUCUUAAGAAGCGUGAUUAUUUUUUUUACAAUGAAAAUAUAUAUUUUCCGGUAUUAUAUGAAAUGCGAGCAUUGACACUCUUGGUAUUCUGAUCUGGUCGCGAUAAUUAUAGUAUAAACGAACGAUAUAUUAUAAUAAUAUAGGGAAAACGAAUUUACAUGGACGUUGACGGACGAACAAAAUCUACUUAGGACGUGUACAGAGAGACCCAGUACUGCGGAAUAGUUUACUGGUUUUUGUUUUGUAGAUAAACCGCGAGGCAGGAUACUGAGAAUAUUCAUUAGCAAAUGGAGACUGAUGCUUUUCAUAUAGGUAAAAUAUAUAUUUAUAUAUGAUUUAGGUUAGAGAUUCCCCCGAUAGCAUAUUAUAUGUAAGUUGUGAUUAAAACUCAUGUGCAAGUAUGAGUGCAGGUAUAUGUCCUAAGAGUGUGAGGAUGUAAGGGAGAGAAAGAGUAUUGUUUUCUUCAUUUUUUUUUAUUUUAUUUUAUUUUUUUUUUUUAGAAAAAAAGCAUCGUUUAAAGAGAAGAGAAAAUGUUGAUGCACGACUGUGAAUGCGAAUAUAGGAAAUGAAAAAUAAAUAAUGUAUAUAAACGUGGGAUGUUAAUAGCGUGUCGGUCCAUGUACAUGCGCGUAACAUAUGAAAUAACGAACAAGUAUCGUGUCCACGCUUGUACGCGGCCUGAUCGAUAUAUUUAUUUGCUGUUGCGUCGAAAGGAGAAAGGAACGAGUGAUUUUGGAACGAAUUACAAAUUUCCAUGUAUGAUAAGAUUUAAAAAAUAUGUACCCUAUGUGAUCCACGGAGAGCGUAUCGUAAGAGUAUCGGGUUUGAAUUUUGGAAAGAAAAUGAAAGCUAAGUUCUUCGAAAGAGCGUUCUCUUGCGGAUACGCUUCCGGUAUCGUUUGAAAAAUAUGCUACAAGCGUGUUGAUCACGCGAAUUUUCCAUGCGUUAAUCAGGGAUAUAUUUUUCAUUUGGUUGAACGAAACGAGAACCAAAGAGCGCAUAAUAAAUUCUACCAAAAGUUUGUUUCAUAUUUUUUUUUUUUCUCUUUAAUUCGGAUUGAAAAUUCUGAAGGGAAGACACUCGCUGUUGCGAUAAGAGAUUUGCCCCCUUCUGUAGCAUAUUUUCAAAGAUAUGUAUGUCCCCCGUUUAAUUGUACAUAUGAAUAGUUUACUUUAGAAGUGGCGUGAGAUUGGUGUACAUAAAAAUGAAUAGCCGGCGAUCGUAUACUUGAUACGCGCGACGGCAUAAAAUAGGAGAUGAUUAUGUUUAAAAAAAAAAAAAGAAGAAGAUACUAUUUAUGCGUAGAAUAGUCGGAAAGACGUUCUACCAAAGAUUCAUUGGAGUUUGAAGAAUGGAAGGAGGUGUUUUAUCAGUAAAAUAUGAUAAUUAACAGAGAAACAAGACAGAACACGGUUAUUAAGGAAAAGAUCAAAAUGGUAAAAAAAAAAAGAGAAUAUUGGGAAAGAUGGAGAUGUGUCUAAAGUGCAGAAGUAACAUUAAAAUAAAUAAGAGAAUGAACGAGAGAGAGAGAGAGAGAGUUAGAGAGAACGAUUGAGAGAGAGAAAACAAAAACCAUUUAUUGAGAUAAUAUAAUGAGAGAUAAGAUAAAAAUGUUAUAUUUUUGUAGAUUUGUUAUUGCGUAAAAUGCAUUAAGACAAUGAGAAAACUUUAUAUAAUUUGAGCGACGGUUAAACUGAGCCUGAAAGAGUUAUGCGAGUAAUUAAGAUCGUGAAGAGAAUGGUAUUAAAGAGAUGAAAAAAGGGGUGAACAAGUGCUUUAGACGAGAGACGAUGGUAUGUUGAACAUGUUUGACAUCCGUGAUUAAAAAGAAAGAAAAAAAAAAAUAAUAAAAUAAAAUAAAUAUCUCGUUAAUUUUUCUGUGUCUCCGAAGCGCUCAGUGAUCUGAGUUGCUUGUAAUAUAUGAAACCUAAGAAGGAAUAAUAAGAAGAAAAAUAUGAAACCAAAAACAAAUUGAACAGAAAAAAAAAAAAGAAACUCAAUGUCAACUUUCAUUGUGAGCUAUCUAUCAGCGUAUGCAUAUAAUAAACAGUUUUCCCAAUGCGAUUCAAAGGAACGAACAGAGAAAUGAAAUCUCAUCGAUGGAACUAUAUUUCAUAGAUAUAAAGAAAAAACUAAUUUGCGCUAUCAUUUAACGAUUCAAUAUACAGGGUGUUCUAAAAAGAAUGUUAGUCCUUUAAGGGGGUGGUAGCUGGGGUGAUUCUGAACAACAUUUUUCUUUGCAAAAAUAUUGUUUCAAGUUUCUUUUUUCCUUAAUAAUUCAAAAACGAAACUUGAAACAAUAUUUUUGCAAAGGAAAAUGUUCAGAAUCACCCCAGUUACCACCCCCUUAAAAGAUUAACACUUUUUGGGACACUCUUAUAACAUAGAUACACGUUGUUUUCCCAAGUACUAUAAGUGCACAGAUGUAUGCAGAAACAAAAACAAAACGACAAAAAAAAGCGCCAUGUAUCUUCCUUGAAUAUUCCAAAAUUAAUAAUCGACGUAUAAACAACUUAUAAACAUAAUAAAAAGCUAGAAGCAGAGACUUUUCAGAUCUGACGGAUGAAUAUUGAAAAAAGGAAAAAAAGAGUAAAAUGCCACUUUACGCUUUUGUGUAAAGAAUAGAUUUUCUUUCUGAGAAAUCAAUCAUCCUGAACGUGCAACCAGAACAAAAUAAAAACUAAAAGAGAAAAAGGGAGGGGAAAAAAUGACAUAAAAUGAAAGGAAAAAAAGAAAACCAUGAUGGUAACACAACGUGAUCAGUUGCUGCUGCACUGAUAUGAGAUAACGCAAUAAAUGUAAGCAAAGGAAUAAUUUAAUAAUAAUGUUGAAGCGAACAAAGCAGAACCAUGGAUUGAAAUAAUAAAUAAAAUGGAAAGGGAGGGGAAAAAUGAAAAGGAAAGAUUUAUGAUGAUAAUCCAUAUUAUUGAAAUAUACAACAGAGCAGAAGUAUCGCAAAAUAAAAAAAAAUGAAACGAUAGUAUAAUAUUAUUAUAUAUAAAAGGAAGAAAAAGUGGAAACUUGUGUAAAACAUAAUAAUAAUGAUCGACGUAAAAAGAAGGAACAGGUGCGCGCCUGACUCGUGCCUGCUUUUCAUUGUAAUAAGUAGAAAAUGGGAAAGAAAAGAUACACAACAGAAAAGUAGGGGCCCACGAAUAAUACUUUGUUUAAACGAUAGACGAUGUAACCACGCGAGAAAAAAAAAGUUAAGGACAAAAAACGAGCCAACACGUAAACGAAAUAAUUAACUCCUUGUGUAUUUAGAAAGUAUAAAAAACCAAUUGUAAUCUUCGAUCUUCGAACAUUGUGUGUCAUGUUUGUGGUAAACAGAAAAAUUAAUUGUACUUCGACGUUAAGACACAUUUUUAACUCUCGCUAAUUGUAACAAUCAUGAUGCUGCAUCAUGAAGAUGUUACACUGAGUGCUUAAUAAGUGAGAAACAAUUGAACUGAAGAAUGUAAAUUAAGCAACUGCAUUUUUCUCUUUUUAUUUUCUUUUUUUUUUUCAAAUCUAUGGAAACAUUUUUUGUGUAAUCAAUAUGUCAGUUUUCAAUAGACUGAUUUCUUUGUUUCUUUGUUUUUUCUAUUUAAUCAGUAUUGUUGUUUUAUACUUUUGUUAGAGCAAGCUUUUACUGAUGCAGCGAAUAGACAAAAGUUAAAAAGAAGAAACAUGUAUUUGUUUCUCCCUAUGACAGACAGAGAAAAAUCUUUGCUGUUUUGCUGUUUGUUUAUCAUUAUUAAUGUAACGUUCUUUAUUUGUUUUUUUUUUUUUUUUUGUAAUUGUUUUUCAUUCUUUAUUUGAUUUGUAAUCACAGUAUAGUAGAACCUUAGGUCUUUUCACAAAAAUUACAUUAUAUGUGUAUAUAUACAUAGGAAAAUAUAUAUAUAUAUAAAAAUGGAGCAGAUCAUUUAAUUUCAAUGAUUUGUUUUAAAUGAUUGCCACAAAAAAAGGAUAAUAACGAUGCGUUUAUAUUAUUAUUUCAUUGUAUCAUUGAUGGAAGCACGUAACCAAUGGGCAUUAAACAAUAAAACGUCUAACGUUUUCUCACUUUUCUGUGUAACGUAUGCCAUGUUAUAGCUUCGUGCUGGUAGAAUUCCAGAAUUUUUGUAUAGCAACCCAAGAGAAACAUAAGGAGCAUCCUCUAUGAAUGCUAAAAAAUAGAAGAGCGAAAGAGAUAUUGAGUUGCUACAAUGCUCGAUACUUAAAUUUUAAGUUUCUCUUUUACCAUAGUUUUUGCUUGCAUAUUCUAUUAACAAAAUAUAUUAAAAAUACGGUAGCAAAGACAGUAAAUAAAAAAAUAUUAAUAAAGUAAUAAUAAUAAUAAUAAAGAAAAAACACAAAAAAAGAAGACGUAAUGAAUUAAAAACACUUAUCAAUGUAGCUGCAAAACGUAUGUGGGCCCCAUCCUUAUAUAUUCUUAUUAAAUAUUACAUAACGUGUAUUCCGCUAUUAUUUUUCAUAGCUAAAGGAAACAACAAGAAGAACGAUGAUUUAAUACACAAACGCGUACAGAGGGUAACUGUUACAUGUUACAAUUUAUAAUCAUUGUAUGUUUCUUUUUCUGUUUUACUCACUUUUGUUUUAUAAUACGUAAUAAGAUAAUUGAUGAACAAGUGUGUGUUGCGCAUGGAAUGUCAAAGAAUUUUAAUGAUCAUGGGAAAAUAUUAUUAACAAACGGUUUGGGUUUCAGCGAACAGAAAGAUUGCUUUUAGCAAGCGAAUGAAAAUUGAUCAUGGACAGAUUGUAAGCGCGCUAUGGUUUUGUCAAUGAUUGUAUUAUUUUGAACCUAUAUGGGUCGGUUGGUGGUAGCUAUUUCCAGAAGUAGAUGAGAAACCAGUGUAAUAUAUAAACGUUUCCAAACUACAUAUUUGUUGGUAUAACAGGUGUUGAAACUAUUGCUGUGUAAUGAUUUAACGUUGCGUCUAUUAAUCAGCAAAUAUUAUUCGUACACACAAGCUAGUCCAAUCCGGAGUAAAGUUUUGCUCGCAGACACAAUGCUGUAUUAGUUGGUAAUUCUCUGAUGUGCUUAAAGCAUUUCAGAGAAACUUCCAAACCGAUCCAUUUGGUCUUAGACAUUUUUCUCUGUAACACAAAAUCACAUCAAUGUAUUCUUGUUGGAUUAUUCUACCUUGUAACUUAAAGUUGUAAUGUAUACCCCCCCCCCCCCCCCCCCCCCCCCAGUCAUGUCUAGUGUCAAGCAGAGCUGAUUCUAUGCUUUUGCUGGUUUGGAAAUAUAAGAAAACGUUUUUAAUG